AUGGACGUGCAUUUUGCGAGGUCCAUUGCGCAGCAUGCGCGGCUUUCCCCGGCGGGCGACGGGAUAUGUUUCCCGUCUCGGGCCAGCCUUGCCGCGGUGCUGCGCCAGUCGGCGCUGGCCGCGGGCCACGACGGCGAGGGCCCAGUGCAGGUCGCCGCGCUUCGACGCGCUGCCGAGGCAGCGGUGGACAGUGCGGCCGCUGCCAGCGGCGCUGGCUGUCUAGGACUGGUCGUGCUCAAGGAUGCUGCAGCUCGAGUUGGCAUCAGGCUCUCCCCGGGCGCGCUCGUCAAUAUUGAACGGCGUGUGGCUGUCGCGCUGCAAGCGCAGCAACGAGCAGUCGUGCCUGCUGCGGCCGCCGAUCCCGAUCCCCUCGCUGGUGCGCCAGAUGAUGAUGAUGACGAUGAGGAUGCCCAACCAUUGGUGGCUGCGAGGUCCAAAAUCAAGGUUAUGUCAAGGGAGGUGUACCGCUUGCGUGCAUUACAUAAGAAUUGGAAGGAUCGGGCGACACUAGCUGAGUUUAGAUUGGCCCAGGUCGAGCGUGACAGAAUUAAUGCUGUGUUGGGGUGCAAGCUCGGGAGACGACGGCGCGCGGGCGCCAGACGGUCGAACCUCAGUGUGCACGGCGGGUACCAGCUUGCUUUGAGGAGGAACGUCGGCCACAUUGGCAGCGGCGCCCUCGUGAGUGCGCUCGACAUGCCGAUCAGUGGUCUGAGUGUCACUAGGUGGGAGCGCAAGCUAGCUAAUAACAUGGUCGGCGGGUCAUUGGCCGUGCGCGAGAUUGGCACCGGAGGCAGCGCAAUCGGAUCAUCAGAGCUGGUGCCAACAACCAGAUGUCUUACGAAAUACAUUCCGUCAGGGCCGAUGCGACUAACAGCGCGGCCGCGUCCCUCAACAUGA